AUGAUCAGCGUGCUUCCAUUAUUGGUCAGUGGGAAGGUCGUUAAAGGUUUUGGUCGCGGAGGAAAAGAUUUGGGUUGUCCUACAGGUACGAGAAAUUUUUUUAAAUAUAAAAAAAGUCUUUUUUUUCAGCAAAUUUGGACGACGAAGUACUGGAGAACCUGCCAAAAUCUUUGAUUUGUGGAGUCUAUUACGGACUCGCCAGGGUGGGGAACGGCGAGGUUGGCAACUUCAUUUCUUCAUUUGGCAAAAAUUUCCAAAGUUGUUUAAAAAUUUAAAAAAAUGGAAUUUAUCUUUUAAUGAGGCCCAAAAACUCAUUAAAAUUAUAUUUUUUUACAAAAAAAGCAAAAGUUUGUGCAAAGGUCAUCUUAUAGAUUUCAAAAAAACAUUUUGAUGAACACGGUCUUCUAAGACUGGCUAGAUAUUGGCUCAGCUUGUGUCUAUUUUAACUUAUACCAAAGGUGGGAAGGAAUUAAAAUAAGAAAAAGGUUCUCUUUUGACUUGGGUUGUCAUUCAAGCCUUUCUACUUUCUAUAAAAUUUCUUGAAAGUAAUUGAAACUGGGAAUCGAAUUCGCACAGUGGCUACCUUCGCAAACCUAAUUUUUGGAAAUAUGAAUUUUUGAAGUUCACGUUGAGCACGGAAUCAGGCAUGCGAGCAGUAUUCUCAAAAUUCAAAAUUUUUCGUAUUUUGGAAUCUCCAGAAUUUUCGAGAAAAUUUAUGAAAAAUUCGAUUAGGAUGACUUCCCCUGUCAGGUUUACAAAACGGCGCUGAGCAUCGGCCUGAAUCCGCACUACGGCAACGAGCGGAAGACCUUGGAGGUCCAUCUGAUCGACUUCCACGUCGCCGACUUCUACGGCAGCGAAAUCCGCGUCCUCAUCGUUGGAUUCAUACGAGAAAUGACUGCCUUCAUUUCCCUUGGUAUAUGUUUUUGACUUCGGAUCUGAUGAAGCUCGAGCGAAGAUUAUUGGCAUUAUAGUUGAAAUAGAGUCGAGUUUUGUAAGGUGUCCACUCCAAAUAGAUUUUUAGAAUGGCUUUUCAAGAAUUUCACGAAAUGGACAAGCUUUUCAGAUCAUCUCAAGGCGGCUAUUGCAAACGACAUUGCUGUUUCAAAAGAAGAACUGCCUGCCGAACUCGUAGAUAAGUUUAAAAUCGAGUAUUUCUCAGAAUGA